CAUACAUUCAUAUAUACUUAUAUGUACAUACAUAUAUUUGCAUACAUUGCCGAACAAAUAAUGCACAAGCAUACAAACAUACAUAUGUGUACACAUAUGAAUAUGUCACCAACAAAAAAUUGAUCUUCACAAGUCAAUAUGGCAGCCAAAUUGGCGAAGAACAAGUGUAGUAAAUAUUACAACAAAAACGAUUUCAUUCAUGAACGCAGGCGCAAAUUCCACAAGCGAUCUCGCUUCAUUCAUAAAAACAGAGGCCUUGGAGCCUAGUCUGUAUCUCGAUUCGAAAAUGAAUUUUCUCGAAUUCGAAAUUUUUGUAUUCGGUAACUCUAUUUACGGAUUUUCAAUCCGUAUUUCGAAAAGUGAAUCCGAAUUAAGAAAAUUUGCAACUAUGUAAUUCGAAUUUGAUUGUCAAAUGUAUUCGAGUUUCGAAUAAAAUAUUCGUUAGCUUAUGAGUUGUAGAAUAAAGACGUUUUAAAAAAUGUAAGUAUUUUAAUAAGUUUUAUUGCAUAUUAUACUAUAGAUAAGUUUAAAAAAAAUAUAUUUUUAAUAGGAACUCGGUUAGCGAAAGUCAGCACACUAAACAAAGCCAAUUUGAAAUAAUGGUGGAGUUUAUGGAAACACAUCCAAACUUGGCCAAAGGCUACGUAAAAUGUGCCGACGCUAAACAAACAAGUAAACAUUUAUGGGAGCGGUUAAGUGAAAAAUUAAAUGGAGAUGGACCAUCUAUACGGGACAUGCUUUCGUGGAAAAAAGUUUGGGCAGAUUACAAAACCAACAUUAAGGCCAAAGCUCGAAAAAAUAAGUUGCAUAUGUCGGGGACAGGUGGUGGGCCUGCAAAAGUUUAUUCAUUCAAUGCAGUUGAAUUAAGAGCAUUUGAUUUACUGCAGAUAAACCAAGCGGUAGAUGGGAUGGUAGAUGCUCAAAAGUUCGGUGCGGGAACAAGUGAAGUCACACAAAGCUACCAUUGUGAAACCACGGAUCCAAGCACUCAUAAUAACAUAAGUGAUUUACAAAAUUUAGAGGAACUGCCACCUUUUACACCACCUUAUCGCCCCCAAACGUCACCAAAAUGUAGCACUGCGCGCACACGUACCUCAAGUAAAAAAAAUCUAUUGAAAAUGCAAGUAGACGAGCAAAUGAAGUUUCACAAUGAUUUUACAAAGAUUUUAAAAGACGUGAAUUACAAUUUAAAAUCUUUAGUUAAAUAUAAUAAAAAACUUGUUGAACAAAAUGAAGAAAAAAUAGAACUAGAAAGGCAAAAACUAAAGUUUGCAAAGUUAAAACAUGAAUACAAAAUUAAAAGCGGCAGGGAAAGGAACAAUAUAAGACUUGCAAAACUUAAAAUCAAGGAACAAAUGUUAAAUGUUAAUACCCGUUACUUAUAAUAUUUAUAAUGAAUAUUUGAAAGAAAUGAAAUAAAUGGAUUGCUUUUUAGUUACUUUAUUUAAAUUACGAACGCAAGCUUAUUUUAAUUCGGUCUCGUAUUGUUUGCGCAAUUCGUGAAAACUCGUUUUGAUCACCGUUGGGUAAAGCAAAAUUAGAUCGUUCUUCAUUAGUUUCAAUUACUGUUGGUGCUUCAACGUUGUAUAUGAGGCAAAUGUUAUGCAGGGCACAACAAACAUUCAAAAUUUUAACAACUUUUUUUGGUGCAUAGUGAAGCUCUCUUCCAGCAAGCAGGCAUCGAAAACGACUUUUUAAAAUUCCAAAUACACGCUCGAUUAUUGAUCUUGCUUUUGUAAAUUUUUCAUUGUACAAACUUUCUAGUGAAUUUUCUUCUGCAUUGCGGUAAGGCGUAAGGAGCCAUGGCUCUAAUGGAUAUCCAGAAUCACCUUAAAUUGGAUAGAUAAUAAAUAAUAAGUAAGCCUUAGACUAUAUAUAAAUGCAAAUACAAGCGGUUUGAAUAAAAUCACCGACCAAUUAACCAUGAAGAUUUAUCUCCAUUUUGGUAGUUGGAUAGCAUGUAUUGUCGUUCGUUUGAAAGGCUCCAUACGUGGACAUCAUGAGCUGCUCCACCAUAAACGUAUUUACAGCCCUUAUAUAUGUACAUGUUAUGGUCACAAAUCUAAUUAUAAAGUAUAAGUAUAAGUCUGAAUAAAACGUCGUAAUAUAAACUUACCACCAUAGCAUUGACGCUAUGCUUUAGCUUUCGAUUAAAAACAAGAUGCUCAUCUUUUACUGGUCUAACCAUCUGGAUGUGAGUUCCAUCAACAGCACCUAUUAUUCCUGGUAAUCCAAAUUUUGAAUAAAAAUAAUUUUUAGCUUCACGCUUUUCUUGUGAGCUCAUUUCAAAUUUUAUGUGUUUCGGACACAUUGUUUUUUCAAUAGCGUUCAAAACUUCUGCAAUACAUUUAGAUGUAGUGGACUGUGCUAACCCUGCAAACCGGUCUUGCCCUAUUUGAUGUUGAUAGCCCCCUUGACCAAGGAAUUUUAGAGUAGCAGGAAGUUUUAUAGCUGGAUUUAUUGCCGUGGAUCUUAUAGGUACCGUUAGUUCUUCAGUUAUGCCUCUAAAGACAUAAUCAAAGGCUUCUUUAGAAAGUCUAAAGUUUUGUAUGAAGCUAUAAUCCCAAAUGUGAAAACAAUUUAUAACCGAUUAUAACAUAAGUAUGUAAAAAUAAAUUCC